CUUUUUUAUUUUAUGGUGAAACUCUUGGCUGCUCUCCCUAUGGUGCUUUCUUCACUCUGGAAUGCAGAAGAAGCAAGACUGGAGCUCCAGUUGAGAGCUGGGGAAGCUGGAGACCUCCUGCAGGACAUCUGGUGCUCAGUACAGACUCACAGCGCUCCACUUGGGGACGAGCUAUGGAUGUCUGUAUCCAGAUUCCUCAUUCCUUGGAUGAGGUUUCUGGCACAACUAUUAGGGUGUUUGGCCAUCCCAUCACCAGAGUAGGGCACCAGAAGUUUCAGGACGUGCUUAGGCAGAGAAGUUGCAAGCCAUGAGUUCCAAACAGCAGUUUGUCAAACUAAAUGAUGGCCACUUCAUUCCUGCUCUGGGUUUUGGCACCUAUAAACCCCAAGAGGUUCCCAAGAGUAAGUCACUGGAAGCUGCAAACCUAGCUAUAGGUGUUGGGUACCGCCAUAUUGAUACUGCUUUUGCAUAUCAAAUAGAAGAGGAGGUUGGACAGGCGAUUCAAAGCAAAAUUAAAGCUGGCAUUAUAAAGAGAGAAGACAUGUUCAUCACUACAAAGCUUUGGUGCACUUAUUUUCGGCCAGAGCUGGUCCAGUCUAAUUUGGAAAAAUCACUGAAAAGACUUCAACUGGACUAUGUCGAUCUUUACCUUAUGCAUUACCCAGUGCCGAUGAAACCAGGGGAUGAUGAUUUUCCAAAAGAUGACCAAGGGAAAGUACUACUGGACACAGUGGAUUUCUGUGUCACGUGGGAGGCAUUGGAGAAGUGUAAGGAUGCAGGAUUGGUCAAGUCUAUUGGGGUGUCCAACUUUAACCACAAGCAGUUAGAGAGAAUCCUGAAUAAGCCAGGACUUAAGUACAAGCCUGUCUGCAAUCAGGUUGAAUGUCAUCUUUAUUUAAACCAGAGUAAGCUGCUGGAUUACUGUAAAUCAAAAGACAUUGUUCUCGUUGCUUAUGGUGCUCUGGGAACCCAACGAUAUAAAGAAUGGGUGGACCAGAACUCUCCAGUUCUCUUGAAUGAUCCAGUUCUUUGUGAUGUGGCCAAAAAGAACAAGCGAAGCCCUGCCCUGAUUGCACUUCGAUACCUGCUUCAGCGUGGGGUUGUGCCCCUGGCCCAGAGUUUCAAAGAAAAUGAGAUGAAAGAGAAUUUGCAGGUUUUUGAAUUCCAGCUGUCUCCGGAGGAUAUGAAAACCCUAGAUGGCCUGAACAAAAAUUUUCGAUAUAUUGCAGCUGACUUUCUUGUUGGCCAUCCUGAAUAUCCGUUUUCUGAGGAAUAUUAACAUGAAGACUUUGUCAUGACUCUGACUCUGACUGAAGUUAUGGCACAGUGUGUGGACAGUGAUGUUGGUGAUUUGACUCAGAUGCUGUUUGGUGGAUGCCUCAUUUCCAGUCAAUCUAGGCUGCUUAGCAACUCUCACAUUCAGCUGAAACUCCGUCUAACAGUCUUGAAAAAAGGGGAUUUAAUAUUCAUGAUGCUUCAAAAUAAAUAUAACAUGUUCUCCUCAAAAGAUA